GGCAGUUAAUAAGCAAAAGGAUUAGUCUGGUUCCCGUCGUAUGUGCCCUGGGAUAUAUAUAGGUAGCUCAGGAACCCGACCGCUGGUCAUAUCUGGCACUCCUUUUGCCUAUCAUCCCAACAAGGUCUGUGACAUCAAAAUCCUCCCCAAAAAUGUUUUGGACUAGUCUUCUCAGCCUCGCCGCGCUCGCCGAAGCCGCACCACAGUUUGGUGGUGGCUUCGGGGGUGUCACCAUGUUGCGAUUCGGAUGCCCCAACGUGGUUAUUGACCGGCUCGACCCCCUAGUCAACCCAGGCUCGAUCCCCUCUUCGCAUGUCCACCAAAUCGUGGGAGGAAAUGCCUUCAACGCGUCGAUGACGACCGGUGAUGUUUCAAAGGCUGCUACAUGCACCACUUGCCAGUUCAGUGAGGACUUUAGCAACUACUGGACGGCCAACCUGUACUUCAAGGCCCGCAACGGAAGCUACAAGCGCGUUCCUCAACUCGGUCAUGCCCUGCAAUUCAACGACCAGUUCAGCACACAGACACAGGGUGGUAUCCUCGUAUACUACGUCUCGGCCCAACCAGGCCAGAUCACUGCCUUCAAGCCGGGAUUCCGCAUGCUCUCCGGUGACGCCAUGGCACGCUCGAGGUCCGACACCAAGCUGAAGAGGCAAAACUGCUUCCGAUGCUACACCGGGCCAAACUACGGCGGCGACGUUGGUGCCCCCUGCAUGGAUGACAAUGUCGACUCUGAGGCUCUACCUAACAAGGUGUGCCCGGGUGGUAUCCGAUCCAACAUUCUAUUCCCAACCUGCUGGGAUGGAAAGAACCUCGACUCCCCCAACCACCAGGACCACGUCACCUACCCCACGACCGGCCCCGCGAACUUCCUCAGUCUCGGAGGCUCUUGCCCAUCGACCCACCCCGUCCGCAUCCCCCAGCUGAUGUACGAGGUGGUCUGGGACACCACUAAGUUCAACGACAAGUCGCAAUGGCCCGAGGACGGAUCCCAGCCCUUCUACCUGAGCACGGGAGACAACACCGGAUACGGCCAACACGCCGACUACGUCUUCGGGUGGAAGGACGACUCGCUCCAGAAGGCCAUGGACACGUCAGGCUGCAUGGGAGCUCGAUGCGCUACCCUCCAGACCCAGAACAUCAACACUGCCCGGGAGUGCUCCGUGAAGAAGGUUGUCAGCGAGGAUGAGGAUGGAUGGCUCCCCGAACUCCCCGGCAUCAACAUGCCUAUGGUCUAGAGAGCUAUGUGGUACAGAAUCGUGUAGGAUGAGUUUGGGAAGCGAUAAAUUGGCUAAGAUCUUGGGGGAGGAUGUUAGAGAGAAAGAUUAUACCUACCUAGAUAUUCACAGCUUCAUUCGCCAUUUGCCGUAUUGGUUACUUGUGAUGUUUCGAGUUGAUCAUGUUGCUGUUGAUCGCAUUAGUGAACACUCGGCCCCAAUUUUCCCCUUGCCCCUUUCGACGAUCCCCUUUUCUUAGAUGUAUUGAUUGCUAGGUAGGUGAUGUGUUAGAUUAGGUACUGUGCAGCCUGCAUCUGAAGUUGGCCGCACGGAUCGCCAGGAACAAAUCAUGGAGUUAUAUCUGUGCUGGCGGGAGGCGGCUAGGCGGCAAUUCUCACCUGAGGCUACCUACAGCUAUUACUGGGGAUUCCUUCUCGGGCUUCUAUCUAGGUUUAUAUGUAAGAUCUAGAUCUCUUAGCUUUGUUCAUCAGCUGAAUAGGUAGGUGUUAG